AUGAAGAAGGUUUCUGAGGCUUACCUCACUGCAAUUGAGAAUAUUCAGCAUUUCCCGUUGGCAAAAGCCUCGUUCUUUUCUUCAGUCUUUGGACGCUUUGCGGAACCCUCUGAGCUUGGUCCAGAAUACUGGAUCGCUAACCUGACAUCGCCGGUAUUGUUCUCCAAUGCUCUUGGCAAGAUUAUGUCGGAGGAUGAAACACGACCCAAUCUUAUGGUCGAAAUUGGUUCACACUCCACAUUGAAGGGCCCUAUCAUGGACAAUCUUAGAAGCUUGGGUCCUACUGUCUCCAAGAAUGCAUAUACACCAACGAUUCUUCGCGAAGUAGAUGCAGCUAAGUCGGUCCUAGAUACCGCUGCUGCUGUCUACAUGCGAGGCGCUACAUUAAAUAUGACAGAAUUAGUGGUGGCUAUUGAGGCCGCUCGACGACGCGCGGAGCAAGCUGAUAUCGAAAUCUGCCAAUAUGAAUUGAGGGAGGUCAUUGUCGGUUCGGCGCUUGUGCUCAGUGAUGACACAGAUGCAGAGACUACCAUUAAUCUCCGUCCUUACACUGAGGGUACCCGUGGAUCAUCCGAUGUUUGGGAUGAGUUCCGUGUCUGCUCAUGGACUUCAAAGAGAGGAUGGACAGAGCACUGCACUGGCCAGGUGCGGGUUCGCUCAGAUCCGAAACAGCAGUCGGCUGCGAUCUCGAGCCCGUUCGACACUCAGAUCGCUUACACAAAAGCUCAAAUUGCCCGAAUUCAGAAAUCGGCUACUCAUCAUCUCGAUAUGUCCCACAUGUACCAAGUUCUUAGUGAUCUAGGGGCCGGGUAUGGUCCUAUCUUCCAGGACAUUGGUAACUGCUACUCCAGCCCUCACAACUCGUUCGGCGAUUUGCACGUUAGAGAUACCCGAAGUGUGAUGCCGAAGGGAUUUGAACCCCCGUUGACUAUCCACCCAUCAUUCCUCCACGGACUUCUACAUUUUGCAUGGCCUCUCCUUGGCCAGGGCUUAGGCCGAAUGGACCUUGACACACUUUACAUGCCGACGAUGAUUAAGCGUGUGACAGUCGGUCUCAACGUCCCAACUAAAGCUGGUCAAUUUCUCAAAGGUUACUGCAGUGGCAGUCUCAGCUUGCCUUCUCCCGAACCGACCAAAUUUGACCUUUUUGCCACCGAAGAGGGCUCCACAGAGCCCAUAAUCACAAUAGAUGGCCUGGUGAUGACCCCCCUCAGAAAUCCAGACACUCGCCGUGAGGACACUCACAAACUGUGCUAUAAGAUUGAUUGGCACCCCUUGGCCGAAGUUGAAAACACCGUUGAAGGAGAUAUUCAAAUUCGCAGAUGUGCUACGGAAAAUCUUGAUCUUGAUUAUAUCCACAAGGACAAGGAUGCAAACACAAAUGAACAAACAGAACAGAAAGGCAAAGUUUCCGUCCGAGACUUUGGUGACAUUGACUUCUCUCAAAAGCAACUUGUUUUACUUCAGACUGAAGCUACUUCUCUGCGAUACCUCACCGAAGAUGGAUUUGAAGGGCUCAAGACGGCGCUGCUCAAAGCUCAGACUGUGCUCUGGGUCUACUGGGCUGAUUCUCCCGAUGCUCAAAUGACAGUCGGCUUGACUCGCACCUUGCGCUCGGAGACCUUGGCUAGAAUAGCUACUCUUGGGUUGUGUCCUGUGGACAUCGAAACUCCCGAGAAGUCUAUUCAGGCAGCCAUCAGUGCUCUAUGGCCCACCGAUGGGAAACAGCCUUCAAAAGAUCUCGAGUUCCAGGCCAAAGGCUCAGAGCUCUUUGUUCAACGCAUUGUGGAAGAUGGUGUUGCUAAUAGUUUCGUCCACAAUGAGACUCACGAUAUGACAAUCUCGACCCAACCAUUCAGGCAGCUCGGGCGCCGUUUCAAGAUCCAGAUCCGCAAUCCAGGUGCUCUUGAUUCCCUCCACUUGGUAAAUGACAAUCCCCUGCCACUAGGGAAAGACCAGAUUGAACUUCGAGUCAAAGUGAGCGGUCUCAAUUUCAAAGACAUUGUGGUCUCCAUGGGCCAGCUUGCACAGUCCUACCUUGGAAUUGAAUACAGUGGCAUUGUUUCCAAUAUAGGAUCCAAUGUGAAGAAUUUCAAGAUUGGCCAAAGAGUCAUGGCCAUGCCAGAAGGCUGUUUCUCGACCUAUGCACGAUGCUCUGCGACCAGCGCUGCGGAAAUUCCAGCUAACAUGUCAUUCGAGGUGGCAGCAUCAGUGCCGGUUGUAUUCUGUACUGCAUGCUACUCUCUGUUUGGCCUAGGUCAGCUGCAAGCCGGAGAGCGGGUUUUGAUCCAUGCCGGUGCUGGUGGUGUCGGUCAAGCCGCAAUAAUGCUGGCGCAGACGAUCGGCGCAGACAUUUUUGUUACAGUUGGAAGCCUCCAUAAAAAACAGUUCUUGAUGAGCCAGUACGAUAUUCCCGAAAGCCGCAUCUUCUAUAGUCGUGAUGCAUCUUUUGCCCGCAGCAUCCGCAGAGCUACCGGUGAUUUUGGCGUGGACGUCAUCGUCAACUCCCUGGCAGGUGAUCUUUUUGCGCGAGACUUGGGAGUGUCUCGCGCCGUUCGGGCGAUUUGUUGA